AUGGAAGGGUCGCAAUGUGGUAAUGGGUUUGUUAUUAGGUCUGUUCUCUUCCACCCGACCGAUUUUCUCUUGAUUAGCUCAUUCUUGACCUUUCUACGCCCGCUCCAAAGAUUAACCUCUUCUAUUCGUAUUUUUCUUUCUAUUUCCUCGACCCGCCUCUUCUCUCGUUAUCGACACCGUUUGGGUCGAGCCAGUUGUCAUUUCUGCUCUGCUUAUUUCUUUGCGUUCACCACCCGCGACCAAUUUCCCCGUUACCACCACAGACUUAGCCGCCCCCAACUAAGUCCAAUUCCCUUCGGCUUCUCGCUGUCUCUCUCUAUCUCGACCUUCGUCCGCCCAUCUGCACAUUACCAAGUCACCUCAUUCAUUCACCUCAUCACCAACAUAACCCAUUCUCGCACAAUCUAUCUAUCUAUCUAUCUAUCUAUCUAUCUAUCUAUGUUUUCAGCCUCUCUCUUUCUUUCUCUCUCUCUCUUUCUAUCUAUCUAUCUAUCUAUCUAUCUAUCUAUCUAUGUUUUCAAUCUAUCUAUGUUGGUCUGUACAUAUCUAUCUAUCUAUCUAUCUAUCUAUCUAUCUAUGUUUUCAGUCUCUCUCUCUCUAUCUAUCUCGGCCUGUAUAUAUCUAUUUAGGUCUGUACAUAUUCUUUCUAUCUAUCUAUCUAUCUAUCUAUCUAUCUAUCUAUCUAUCUAUCUAUCUCACUCUGUUCAUAUCUAUCUAUCUAUCUAUCUAUCUAUCUCAGCCUGUUUACAUCUAUCUAUCUAUCUAUCUAUCUAUCUAUCUAUCUAUCUCAAUCUCUUCACAUCUAUCCGUCUCAGCCUGUUUACAUCUAUCUAUCUAUCUAUCUUUCUACUUACGGAAGUCAGAAGGACAAUGAAUAGCACUUCGUCAUCCUUUCCCUUCUCUGUGUCUCUCUUGAAAACCAGACCCUCAUCCCUUGUAACCAGACAUUCAAUCAUUGUCUCUGGGUGUAUUCAAUUGUAUACCACACUGCAGCAGCCCCGGAGUAACGUUUAUCUCUUUCUCUUUCUCUUUUCUUUCUUCCUCUUUCUUUCUUUCUUUCUUUCUUUCUUUCUUUCUUUCUUUUUUUCUUUCUUUCUUUCUUUGUUCGUCUACACUCAAUUUUGGUGA